GCAACAUUUAGUGUCAGCCAUGGACGAUUUCGUGUCAAAAUAUUUUUGUUUGGUUUAUAGUAUUUCGCAUUAAAAUUCGCAUUAAAUGUUAUUCUCUUGGUAUUUUAUUCGCUUGAGUAGUCUAAUUUAUGAGACAGCUGUAGAAUUUAGCGAGAAUGUUAUUGUGAUGUGAUCUUCGGCGGCCCUGCUGGUCUGUGGUGGCUGUAGUCAUGACCGAUUGCGCGCUGGUGACCAGUGUAAGCGAACACGAUGCCAGUAUGGACGUGGGGAGCGACAAGUCUCUCUUCGAGCCUACUGUUGAUAUGAUGGUGAAUGACUUCGACGACGAGCGCACGUUGGAGGAAGAGGAAGCGUUGGCGGCAGGGGAGCAACAGGAUCCUAAGGCGGAGUUGAAUAGCCUGCAACGUGAAGGGGACAUGCCUUUGGACGAGUUGCUAGCCUUGUACGGCUUAGACAAAAAUAUGGACAAGCCAGCACCCGAACCUAUACCUGAGCCCAUUCCCGAAGAAGUAGAGAAGCCCGAGUCUGAAUUGCAGCAGUUGUACACAGAGACAACAAGCCCUGAGGCGACAAGAUGCCUGCGCUCCGGCUCCCGGCCCCCCUCAGAAGAAGAAGAAGACUAUGACUACAGCCCUGAUGAAGAUGAUUGGAAGAAAACUAUAAUGGUUGGUAGUGAUUUCCAAGCAGGCAUCCCAGAGGGCUUGUGUAGCUAUGAUGAUGCACUGCCAUAUGAAAAUGAGGAUAAGUUGCUCUGGAACCCUACUGUCCUAGAGGAAAAUGUUAUUGAAGAUUAUAUGAAGAAGAUUAAUGCAUUAAAUUGUGGCAGUGGAGUAGAAGCAGUGCCUAGAGGGAAGCAGCUACGGGAUGACGAAGAGGCCCUGUUCCUGUUGCAGCAGUGUGGUCACAAUGUGGAGGAGGCUCUCCGGCGACGGCGCAUCUCUGCCCAAACCCCAGCACAUGCCAGCUUGUGGUCUGAAGAAGAAUGCCGCAAUUUUGAAAAUGGCCUUAAAGCUCACGGUAAAGAUUUUCACCUGAUAAGGCAAAACAAAGUAAGGACUCGGUCUGUUGGUGAACUGGUACAGUUCUAUUACAUAUGGAAGAAGACAGAACGACAUGAUAUAUUUGCUAACAAAGCUAGGUUAGAGAAGAAAAAGUAUACGCUUCAUCCAGGACAUACGGAUUAUAUGGACAGGUUCUUAGAGGAGCAAGAAGCAACAGGUGGAACAGGUACCGUGCGUCCAGUAUCCCCAUCCCCCAUGAUGGUUUAUGCUCCAUCUUGUGAUGCCCAGCCUGACCCGCUGGCUUUAGGAGAGAAAGAAGUGUUCUCACAGUUGAGCCACUCUGCACCUCCGAGGACCAUGUCCACAGAAGAACAGGAACCAGACCAUGGCUCCUAAUAUUUGUAUGUAAAGGCAAGGCCACACUGUAUUUCUUUACAUGUACAAAGCAUGCUGAAUGCUAGCUUGAUUUAUUCAAUGCAAUUAGCAUAGUAAGUUGCAGUGACUUAUUGGGUUAG